AUGUCGAGAAGAAACGGCGAUUUCUCGCUACCGAAGGAAAAGGACCACUUGCUCCAACUGGAUCCAGGCAAUGACCCCGGUCGUUCGUUGCCACGUAGGUCGAUACCUACCUCGUGUAGGGGGAGCCGUGCCGCGCUUCGAGAGAUCGACGCACCCCAGAGUUCAUUAUUCUCUCGAUCAGAGAGGACACUCGGAUGCAGAUCCGUAAAUCGCAACGAGACCUAUGAAGGACAUCUUUACGGAGAAAGGCGCGUCGAAGUUCUUGGUCAUGUACGAUCGAUCACCAUGGCGAUUGCAGCCCUGGGGCCCCCCGAGAGAACACCGGGGUUGGUACCCUCGCUCCUGCAUUCUGCAUUCAGUGCAUUCCCCCCACGUUCAAUGCACGCUGCAGACGAUAUCUAGAUGGCUGCCCGAUGUCUGCCGUCGUCGCCGCCGCCGCCGC